AUGAGGGAUCUGCUAAAGCCUCCACGUCGCCGUCGACAUGCUGCCAUGAAAGACGUCGGAGGAAGAGAUGCCCACGGCGAACGGGUCCGGGAGCCUCGCCGCAGCUCCGCCAGCAGACCCCGGCAUCGCCAUUCGACGAAACCAGAACACGCCUCCAACGACGCUCGCCGUUCCCGAGAUCGCAGUCGACAUCGCUCGUCCGACCUUGUACGUCGGCAGUCUGACGCCGACGACUUGAUCCCCCGCUAUCGUGAGGGCACUCUACGUCGCCAACAAGGAACGACUUGGUCUCGAGGCACGCAGGGCCGCGGGCCUCGAGGUCAAUCCAACAGACCGGUCCAGCCAUACGCACCGCCGCGGUCUCCUCAGUCCUAUCGGGAGCAGAGACGCAGGGAGCAGUCCGCUGACCCUCACUUUUCUUCGCGUUCUGACUUCGAGGACGAUAUGGCGUCGCGGAGCAGCUACAGGGCUGGCAACAACCCGCUAUAUGCCCACAAACCCUACUAUGGGAACGAGGCUCGCAACAGCGAUGCUCAUGGGUACUCCCAGUCUCCCCAGCGCGGCGGCUCCUACCAGAAUUCCCCAUCAAUGUCGCCGUACGGUGCACAUCGUGGAGGAUGGGCCGGCCAAUAUUCUCCCCAGCAGCACCCCCCGCCCCAGUACCACCACGGAAGCUAUGGUGCAUCGAACCCUCCGCCAGAGCACUUUCACUCCCAUCAUCCGCAUUCCCCCCCUCACUCUGCGCCGUCGGGCCCAUCUCAGCCUUAUUCACAUGGCGGCUACCGCGAAAGCUAUCGGGGUGGCAGUUUUCGAGGCGCGUCGUUCUCAGGCCGGGGUGGUUAUCGGGGAUCUGGUCCGCAAAAUCCGCACUGGGGACCUGCCAAGCCAACCUCCUCGCUCAGGGGCCACGACUUUCCACCUGACGAUACCAGCAGACAUCAGAGUGCCGUAGGCGGAUCUAAUGACGCCACGAGAGAUCCCGACGCAGGAGCUCCAGCUGUCGAACAGAACCCGAAAGAAUCAACCAAGGCGUCGGCAGUGGACGUUCCGGAAUCGAAGCAACGCGACGACGCUGCUGCUCCUUCGUCUAGUCGACCACCAGCAUCCAACUCCACUACAUCACAGCCUGGCUCAUCGGGGAAAUUCAGCUUUUCUUUCAAACCAUCCUCGAAACCCACGCCGACUGCCCCGAAACUCGAAAUCUCGCAAAAGUUCAACGCUGUACCGCAGAGGAAGGAAGCAGAGCAGAAAACGAGCCGCGACCGGGAUCCUCCCAUGAAGAAGACCCUGAGGAGGCUGAAGACGCGGCCAAUCUUGCCCUCGGACUUGGCUGCGUCCGAGUCCGUCUUCUUUAGAAAACCCGGCAACGAGUCCGUAGUUGGGUCGGGGACAUAUGGCAAGGUCUUCAAAGGCCUCAACGUCUACACCAAAGGCCUUGUGGCUCUCAAACGGAUUCGCAUGGAGGGCGAGAGAGAUGGCUUCCCCGUCACGGCUGUCCGAGAAAUCAAGCUAUUGCAAUCUCUCCGGCACACCAACAUUGUCAAUCUCGAGGAGGUCAUGGUGGAGAAGAACGACUGCUUCAUGGUCUUUGAGUACCUUUCCCACGACUUAACAGGCCUCCUCAACCAUCCGUCUUUCAAACUGGACCCAGCUCAAAGGAAACAUCUCGCAAAACAGUUAUUCGAAGGUCUCGACUACCUACACACGAGAGGAGUGCUCCACCGGGACAUCAAAGCCGCCAACAUCUUGGUCAGCAACGAGGGAGUCCUGAAGCUUGCGGACUUUGGGUUGGCUCGCUUCUAUGCAAAGCGGCACCAGCUUGACUACACGAAUCGGGUAAUAACAAUCUGGUACCGCUCACCGGAGCUGCUCCUGGGAGAAACCCAAUACACGGCAGCCGUCGACGUCUGGAGUGCUGCGUGCGUCAUGGUCGAGAUCUUCACCAGGCACGCCAUCUUUGCCGGCGAUGGAACUGAGUUGAGCCAACUGGAAAAGAUUUACAAUAUCCUCGGGACGCCGAACCGCCAGGACUGGCCCGGACUUGUUGACAUGGCCUGGUUCGAGCUGCUGCGGCCCACGGUGAAGCGGAAGAGCGUCUUUGCGGAGAAGUACCAAGACAAAGUGACUCCCGCCGCCUUCGACUUGCUGUCAUCCAUGUUUCAUUAUGAUCCUGCCAAGCGACCCACCGCCGCUGAAGCCUUGCAACAUGCCUAUUUCACCACCGAGGAGCCCUUGCCGAGGCAAGCAGUGGAACUCGCGAGCAUCGACGGUGAGUGGCACGAGUUCGAAUCCAAGGCGCUGCGCAAAGAGAACGAGCGCCGGGAACGCGAGGCUCGGCGGGCGGCCAAGGAUGCGUCGCGGGAAAAGGACAAGAAGCGAGGAGCGGAGGGCCAAAACCGGGACAGGGAGACGAAGCGGGUUCACAUGGACUAG